AUGCUUCCUCCUUCAGUAAUGCAAGCUUUGCGCAAAAGCAAGACGCUACAGUACGGACUUCCCAUGUUGUUGCUGGUUAUUGGAGGUUCUUUUGGUCUUCGUGAGUUUUCACAAAUCCGUUAUGAAGCUGUGCGGGUUCAACUUGAUCCUGAAUUGGAAAAAAGACUGAAGAUGAAUAAAGUAACAUUGGAGUCAGAGUAUGAGAAAAUGAAGGAGUGCACUUUCGAGGACUGGAAGAAUAUUCGAGGACCUAGGCCUUGGGAAGAUCCCAACCUCCUCCAAGGACGAAAUCCAGAAAUCCUUAAGACUAAGACAACCUGA